AUGUCAUCCAUACCUCAAGACAUCCUACAAGCCAACGAAAAAUAUGCCCUAAAUUUCGACAUACCCACUGGCCCUCGCAAGAAGCCUGAGCUCGUUCUGGUGACGUGCAUGGAUCCACGAAUCCAACCGUACGAACAAUUUGGGUUGACUUUUGGUGAAUGCGCUAUUGUUCGUAAUGCUGGAGGUUCGGCCCACAAUGCGCUUCCAGAAAUUAUUAUUGCUCAGCAUGUUGGCUUAAGACACAUCGCCAUUGUGCAUCAUACCGAUUGCGGUAUGAGUCACCUUACCGCUCAGGCCCUCAAAGAUGGCGUGAAAGAAGCAAAUGGAGCAGAAGCUGCGCAGCUCCUCGAGACUAUCGACUUUCAUGAAUGGACUGAUGUGGUCGAAUCCGUCCAGCGUGAUGUCAACUAUCUCCACCGCCACCCUGUUCUCAGAAAGUCGACUAGGAUCACAGCUUGUUGGUUGACGAACGGUUACCCCGGACCGGCCCGGGACUCCGCAGUAUUGAUGCAAGUAAUGCAUGUGAUUGUUUUUCUCUUUCCCCCCUUCUCAUCGCAUGUAAUGUCGACCACCGCGCGCAAGCAACAGCUCAACGAGCUGUUGAAGCGUUUCGCAAAGAAUUAUGCUGCUCAUCGCCCAACCAUCCAACGUCUCUUGAACUUGGGCUUCGCUCUCUAUGUCGUUGGAUCGACGGCACGAAGGUUAACGUCGGGUCAAGUCUCCUCCAAGCAGUCGAAUAAGAGCAAAGGCAAAGGAAAGGAUAAGGACGAAGGCAAAUCUUCGAGGGCUCCCAAAGUUGCCGUAGACGCGCAUUUCUACGCCCAACUCGCCCAGGUGCUCAAGAUUGUCAUUCACCGCAAGGAAGCAAUGCUUCUGGUAUUUCACUCGAGCUUGUUGGUGUUUAGGACUGUUCUCAGCCUAUAUGUGGCGAGCCUCGAUGGAACAAUCGUUGCCUCGCUGGUCCGCGCUGAACAUAAACAAUUCUUUCUCAAUAUUCUUCGCUGGUUGAUUGUCGCUAUCCCUGCCACGUGGUGCAACUCUUGGCUCAACUACAUCCAGUCAAAGCUGGCGAUCGCAUACAGAACCAGGUUGACCACCGAAGUUUUAGGCCAGUACUUGGGAUCAACUGCGGAAGGUCCAGAAGAAAAGGUGUACUAUAAACUCUCUAAUCUUGACGACCGAAUUGUCAAUGCAGAUCAAAUGAUUACCAACGAUAUCCAGAAGUUCUCUAUUCAUCUAGCAGCCUUAUAUUCUAACUUGGCAAAACCCGUACUCGAUGUGAUAUUGUACAACUACCAACUCUCUCAGAACGUUGGUGCAGAGGGUUUAAUCGUUCUCACCGUUCUUGUGCAGGCUACCGCAGCGUUAUUGCGUCUUUUAACGCCGCCAUUUGGCGCAUAUACCGCCAUGUCUGCUCAGUUGGCUGGUUCAUUGCGCCAUGCUCAUUCAAGGCUUGCUGAAUUCAGUGAAGAGAUCGCAUUCAUGCGCGGAGAAGAGCACGAGAAGAUGUUGAUUGAAAGGGAGUAUGCCAGCGUGAUUAAACACGAGAAUCACGUCCUCAAUCGGCGCUGGUUGUUUGGAUGUAUCGAGGAGGGAAUCAUCAAGUGGCUGUGGGGGAGUUUCGGCCUCAUCCUUUGCGCAACCCCAGUGUUUAUCAAGAUUCCCGGCAUCUCCAAGGCUGAUCUUGGCGGCCGCACAGAGGGUUUCAUUACCAACAGACGACUGCUGAUGUCGUCAUCAGACGCAUUCGGGCGAAUAAUGUACUCCUACAAGGAGAUCGCCGAGCUUGCCGGCUACACAUCCCGAGUUUCGCUAUUGUUGGACACUAUGAAGGACAUUCGUCAUGGCAAAUUCAAGAAGGCCCUUGUUAAUAGCGCCACCACCGGAGAGAACGCCGAAAUUCUCAAAGGACGAGGUGUUAUCAUCGAAUCCCCCGACAUCCAAUUCGAAAAUGUACCAAUCGUGACCCCAACCGGUGAUGUUCUUGUCAAGAGUCUCAGCUUCCACAUCUCUGAACCUGGUCAACAUCUCCUGGUCAUCGGACCGAAUGGAUGUGGGAAGUCCUCUUUAUUCCGUAUCCUCGGUGGCCUCUGGCCCGUGUACGGAGGUGUAGUACGCAAACCAGCGGCAUCCGAGUUCAUUUUGAUUCCGCAACGGCCUUAUCUGUCUCUCGGAACUUUGCGGGACCAGAUUAUCUAUCCCCAUUCGAAGGCGACUAUGGAUAGCCGCGGGAUCACGGACUCCGACUUGUUUACAAUUCUUUCCGUGGUUCAAAUGGAGAGCAUCGUUGAUCGUGAGGGUGGUUGGGACGCCGCUAAAGAAUGGCGAGACACGCUCAGUGGUGGCGACAAGCAAAAAAUCGCAUGGGCGCGACUCUUCUACCAUCAUCCCAAGUACGCAAUAUUGGACGAGGCAACCUCACUUGUGCCACAGGAUAUGGAGGGUAAACUGAUGCAACAUGCGACGAAGCUAGGAAUCACUCUACUCACCGUCUCGCAUCGUCCAUCGCUUUGGAAAUGGCACUCUCUGAUCUUGCAAUACGAUGGAGUUGGUGGUUACGUGUUCACGAAGCUGGAUGCGGAGAAGCGCCUUGCCUUGCAGGAGGAGAAGCAAGCCCUUGAAGCGAAAUUGCUUGAAAUCCCUAAAAUGGAGGCAAGACUCGCGGAGCUCAAAGCACUCACGGAGGAAGCGAAAAACUACGAACAUUCCUGGUCGCAUGUGGUUAAUGGGAUGUGGCACAAAUAUCCGAAUCCCAAAUGCACCCACGUAGUCAGCAUCGACGUCGUGGAUCGCACUGUCGACCCCCAAACGGGAAUAAUACGAACGGAGCGCAUACUGGGAUGCAAACAGAAAGCACCAGGCUGGAUAGUAAAACUUUUCGGCGGCUCUGAAGACGCAUUUGUUCGAGAAAUCUCCUUCGUUGACCCAGCGCGACAAAGGGCAGAUAUCACGUCAAUAAAUUUGUCGCUUUCCCAGUUUGCAACCUGCUUAGAGACGAUACAAUAUACGCCAGCGCCCGGAAACCGGACCACAUUCACGCAAACGGCGGAGAUCCAGGCUAGAAUGACGCUGUGGAGGACAGCGGCAGAUGGGUUGGAGCGGUGGUUAGUGCAACGAUUCGAGCAGAACGCACAGCUUGGCAAAUUGGGCUUCACGGACGUUCUGCGGGCGUUAGAGCAGCGUCAGACGGCAACAAGUAUCGCAUAG